AUGGCAGCUCUUAAUGAAAAGAAGACCUGCAGCCAAAGAAUGGAAAAUUUUCAGCGUUUUAUAUGGAAUCCAGAUACAGGACAGUUAAUGGGAAGAACCUUGAUUAACUGGGUAUGGAUCAGUCUUUACUAUGUUGCUUUCUACGUGGUGGUGACUGGGCUGUUUGCACUUUCUAUAUAUUCUUUAAUGAAGACACUCAAUCCGUAUACUCCAGAUUACCAAGAUCGAUUAAAAUCACCGGGAGUGACCUUAAGGCCAGACGUGUAUGGUGAAAAAGGACUGGAAAUUUAUUACAAUAUCUCUGACCGAGAUUCCUGGGAUGGUUAUGUGAAGACUCUUCACAGUUUUCUUUCAGCAUACAACGAAACAGCACAACAUGCCAACAUCAACUGUACGGAGGAAAAGUACUUCAUCCAGAAGUCAUUGAAUGCUUCUUGCAAAUUUUUACAUGAUAUGUGCAAAUAUUCUUGCAAAUUUACACAAGAUAUGCUUGGAAACUGCUCUGGUUUGAUGGAUCCCACUUUUGGCUUUCCAGAAGGAAAUCCAUGUUUAAUAAUAAAAAUGAACAGAAUUAUCGGUUUUCGCCCUGGCAAUGGCACUGCACCAAGAGUGCACUGCACAGUUCUGGGAGAUACCAGUCCACUGGAUGUAGAAUAUUAUCCUACAAGUGGUACUUUUAGCCUUCAUUACUUCCCUUAUUAUGGAUGUAAAGCACAGCCUACCUACAGCAAUCCAUUGGUAGCAGUGAAACUUCUCAACAUUUCCAAAAACAAAGAAGUUGCCAUAGUAUGCAGAGUUGUUGGUGCUGGAAUUACUUCAGAUAAUCCUCAUGACCCAUAUGAAGGAAAAGUGGAAUUCAAAGUCAAGAUACAAAAUUAA